CAAGCGCCUUCAGCAUUUUUCUUGUUGUGGCAUCAUGGCAUCCAUGUUGGUGCCUGCCCUAAACGCUUUGCAGAUAGCCUACAAAGACUUGAAAGAGAGCCAAAAGAUCCCGCGCCUGAUUGAAGUGGCUGACAACUUGCUCUUGGCCACUCAGAGCACCAUUGAGACCUUUCAGAAGUCUUACAGCGAGCGCAUUGAUGAGUUUCCAGGGCUUGUAAAACCAAUGGAGCAUCUAGUGGAUGCGCUCAAGUUGUGCAAGGAGAGGCUGACUGAGUCCAAAGAAAAUGCCCUCCGGAAUGCUGCGCUUGCUUCUCUUACAGGCGGCGGAUCGAAAACCGAGAUCCAAGAAGCUCUCGGGCAGUUGAAGGCCGCGCAGGAGAAUUUUCAAGCACAUCUUACGUUGAAGCAAACAGUUCUUCAACAUGAAGUUCUGGCCCAAUUCCAUGAGCAGAAGCGUGCCGGCAAGUUGGAGGAAGUAGCUGCUAUGGUUGAACAUAUGAAGGAAGACCAAACAGAGAUUGUGGAUCAACUGCAACUAAUUCUUCGGUGCAUUGAACAAACCCAUCAUCACCAAGCCCUAAGCCUUGCUGAUCUUCCCACCUUGCGGACUAGGUCUCUGGAGGUUGCAAGGAAGUGCGAACUCUUCUUUCAGGACCUGCAGCGUAUCCCACAACGUUUCUUGCCGAACUUCAAUCAGAUGGCCUCAAGCUUUCAAGACAUUUUGAAGGACGUUCAGGCCAAUCUGAAGUCCUUGAAGCUCCAACUGUGCUUUGUUGGGCCAAUGAAGGCUGGGAAGAGUACGGUCAUCAAUGCCAUUUGUGGCAAGCAGCUUCUACCAAGUGCCCAGUUUGCAAUGACGGUGCUCCCAACCUUUUUGGUGCACACCCCAGGUGUCAAACAGCCAAGGUUGCUGUUUCCAGGCGCCGACGCCUUCACUCCUGCUUUGGAAGAGCUGAAGGAGCUGGCAAACAAGUGGCACGCAGAGAAACGUAUUUCUGAACUCCGAAAGAAGGGUAAAGAACCACUGCCUGAGUUUGUCGAGAGUGAGGGCAGUGAGGAAGAGGAGAAGAAAAAACCUCUAGACCAGAUUAUCCUCACUCCGGAUGAAGAACAAGUCUUGGAAGCAUUGAUCCAAGGCAAAUUCAGCCAUGAGCUUCGUGAAGCUGAAGGAUUCGAACCGGUGCACAAGGUGUUGCAACAAGUAAACCACGCUGCACGGCUCUUUGCUCGAUUCCGGGAUCACAUGAAGGAGGAACCGCUGAAACAUCUUUCUUCACCUGAGAGUGAAAGUUGGUUCCCUCGCAUCGAGAUGGAGUUCGAGAUGCUGCAAAAGAUGGAAGGCGCAACGGACAUUGCGAAGUUCUUGAUUGUGGACACCCCGGGCCGGGAUGAGGCAGAUCUCAUUCCGGAGAUUCCACUGAUCUUUUCCCAGGUGCUGAAAACUUCGACUGGGGCUGUUUGCGUUUGCAAUGCCCAGCUCCUGAACAAUGAUGCCCAAGCUUCCAUCAACAGGGAUUUGACGGAGAUGAAGGCUAAGCAUCUUCCUUUCUUUGUGCUUGCAAACAAAUUUGACCAGCUGGAACAGCAACGAGAUUCGUUGUCCAAGGAGGACCUUGAGGCCCACAUGGCAAAGCAAUGGUUGGGACAGGAGAAUUGGAAAGCUCACAAGCGUGUUUUUGCGUUGUCAGGUGAAAAAGCUUUCCUGUCCUCAAGAGUUGCCAGUUUGCUGAAAGACGAUCCUAAAAAGUUCAUUGAGGAGGUGAAAGCUCAAGAGGACCGCUCCCCAUCAAAGCAGUCCACUUCAAAGCAGUCCACUGUGCGACAGUGGCUGCAGGUUGCAUUUGGCGAUGCAGGGGCGAGCGUCUUGAAAUCCCUAUCUGACCCUGGAGCUUAUGAGAAUAUCUUGAAGGAAGCAAACCAGUGCAUACUUAAACAUUCGCAUUUCCAGGAUUUUGUCACAGAGAUUGUGGAGAAGUUUGCGCCGCAAGCAGGACGACAAGUUCUUCGUUCCUGUCUGAAGCAGCUUCAUCACAGCUUGGUUGUUCAUGUGAGAAAGGAGGUGUCCAACCUUUUUCAGGUCUUGCAGAUGGACAAACUUCAGCUGCAGCAAGAGAUCAAGAACAACCAACGCAUUAAAGAAGCUGUGGAGCAACAGCAGCAGCAAGCGAAGAGCGAAAUGUCCAAAGUGAUUGACAGCCUCAAGUUGGAGGCAGGUGAGGCUGGCCAUAAGCUUCAGGGUUUGAUGCAAGUUGUUGUUGACAAGCAGGUGGCCCUUGCCAUGAAGAAGAGAAAGGAUGAGUCUCCAGCAUCUGUCAUCACCCCGACAGAGGCAGACUUGAGAAGCCGACAGAAAGAAUGGCCUUGGUUGCGGGACGAACAUGUCGGUGAGGAACUCAUUAUAUUCUUUGGCACCGAUUGCCAACGCAAUGCUGAAGAGUUGCUUGCCAACAGCUGGAAGGUUGUCAAGAAGAACCUGAAUACCAGCAUCAUUGCCGACAUGCAAUGUGACUUGCAGAAGAGAGCAACUAUCAAGCUUCAAGAAUGGAUUCUUGGCUGCAUCAAACGGAUGCAAGAAUUAGAGCAAGAGGUUUGUCUACAGGUCUCCCAAGUGGAAAAGCCUGACUUUCACCAGCUUAAUCGAGUUGAGUUCAGCACUCCUGGACAAGUGGCAAUGACAUCAGAGACGCGCAGGAAGCAGCGCACUGCGUGGCGGCUUUGGCUGUUCAAGAAACAUAUGAAGGACAGAGACGUGACCAUCACUCCUGUGUCGAAGAUGAAGAAUUCAUUUAAUAGCACGAUUGAGGAGCAGUGUAGGGCUUGGGUGGAGAGUAUGGAGAAGCAUAUGGAGGAACUCAUGCAGGAAAAGUAUGAACAGUUGGAGCGGACAUACUUGGGACAGCUGAGCAAAUACACAGAGCAGCUGCAUAAGGUCUCUGAGAAUGAGAAGGGCAAGGGCUUUGAAUAUUUAACCGUACUCCGCACUCUUCUUGCUCAGAUCCAAAACAUUGACAUGGAAAUAACAGAGCUGUCAAAGCUGACAGAGAAAGGUGAUGUGGAGGAGGAGUAUUGCCAGCAAGUUGAGCUCGGGCAGGGCGGACUUGCUGCUGCCGACACUGACUCUGUUGCCCCACCGCCCUGCUCAACAUUUGGCAGUGCCUCGCCAGUCUCACCAGUCAAUGAUGUGAAUACUCGGAAGGUUGCACAUGUGCAAAACUUCUUGAACGAACCCGAGAUGAGUGAGACUGUUCGGGAGAGCUUUGCCGAGAACUCGGUAGAUGGAAAGGUCCUUGCGGGUCUCUCAGUGGAGGAGCUGAUUCUUUACUUCCUCGGGCACAUUGAUGCUUUCGUGUGGGGACGGGUUGCAAGUGGCGUUUGCUAA